CACUGUUCGUUCAGUUCAGGACCACCGGGCCAGCACCAGGAGGACUAGCAACACCAGAACAAGCCUCACAGCGCAUCAGACAGAGUUUCUAGUUUCCGCCCUGAAGUCUUUUCAGAGGAUUUCAUCUGAAGAAUCUCAAACCUGUUUCAAAUAAAAACUCUACUGUCUUUUACUCUGCAUCAGACCGCCAACCAUUAUGUGUUCUCUUUCUGCCGUGGUCUUUUCCAUCUCAGCAUGGCUUCUCAUCGAUGCCUCUCCGACCAUCUCUCCGGCACCACGGCUGCAGGACUCGGCGGUGUCCUCUGACUGUCCUUCGUGCUUUUUGCCUCAGCUGAGGAGGAACUCGUCUUCGUCCGGAGCUCAGAGUGAUAUGGUGGAGGCAGUGAAGCGUCACAUUCUCAACAUGCUGCACCUGAGCGCCCGGCCCAACCUGACACAGCCAGUUCCUCGUGCCGCUCUGCUCAACGCCAUCAAGAAACUUCACGUGGCCCAUGUGGCUGAAGACGGCAGUGUGGAGAUCCAGGAGGAGGGCCAGGGCACGGGCAAUUCAGCACCACCCGAACCGCCAUCUGAAAUAAUCACCUUUGGAGAGCCAGGUGUCGGGCCAAACACGGUGACCUUUGACAUUUCAAGCGAGGGCAGUGGCUCGUCUGUGGUGGAGCAGGCAAACGUUUGGAUCUUCCUGAAAAUGUCAAAGAUGAACCGCCUGAGAAGCAAAGUGAUGCUGCGGCUUUAUCGCGACGAUGAUGACGAGCACUGUGUUUCAGAGAAGAUGGCGGACACCCGUCGUAGUGGCUGGCACACCCUCGCCAUUCCUCGCACUGUUCAGAAUCUACUGGACGGCGGCAGCAGUCCUCUUAGGUUACGGGUUUCCUGUCCGCUGUGUCUCGAAGCAGGUGCCGCUCCCGUCCUGACGCCUGCAAACGGUGAACCGGCCACGGGACGAGAUCAGUCACACCGGCCGUUCCUCAUGGUGGUGCUUCAAGCUCAAGAGGAGGUGGCUAAGCGCCGAGCUAAACGAGCUCUGGAGUGCGAUGGGAAAAUCCGCAUCUGCUGCAAACGAGAGUUUUACGUGAACUUUAAAGACAUCGGCUGGAGCGACUGGAUCAUCGCUCCGGCUGGUUACCACGCCAACUACUGCGAAGGCGACUGUCCAAACCACAUGGCAAGCAUUGGAAGCUCACCGCUGUCUUUCCAUUCAACGGUCAUCAACCAUUAUCGCAUGAGAGGCUACAGCCCAUUUCAAAACAUCAAGUCGUGCUGCGUGCCAACGAGGCUGCGAGCAAUGUCAAUGCUCUACUACAACGAAGAGCAGAAGAUUAUCAAGAAGGACAUCCAGAAUAUGAUCGUGGAGGAGUGCGGCUGCUCGUGAACAGCUGGCUUUGGCUCUGCUGGUUCUACCAGACGUGGAAAAGAUCUGGAAACUGUCAGAGAACCUCUGAGAAAUAUUCUAUGAAACCUGCAACCUGCAGGAAGAAACAUCUGAUAUGCUCUUUCCCAGGAAAGACAGUCUCCUGUGUUCAGUGAAUUUUUGUGUUUCAUACUGGGAGAGACUUUUCCACAUUGGAAUGUGCUGAGGAUACUAUGCAACGUGGAUGUCUCUGUGUGCUUCAUCAGUGUUGGUUUUCUGCUGCUCAGAGAACAUUUCCACAUUAUUAGCAUGUUCCACUGAAGCUGAAAGUAGUUAAUGUGGUUGCUGAAGCCAAACGUUAUUUUCGUUAUUGUUAUGAAACACACUGAAUGUAGAUAUUUGCACAGUAAUAGGUAUUUCUAGAUGCAUUGCCUCAGUUUGGAUUCAGAUGAAAGCCAAAGACAAACGCUUGGUUCAUUUUCCUGAGAGACAAACGGCUGAAAUCCACCUGUGUCAGAUUAAACCUUUAAUCUGCUGAAACAAAAACAAACUGAAGACAUUUCUCUUCACAUCAAUCUUUAAUUGUAAUAUAUGUUGUUUCUGUAAUUUAUUUCCAUUGAUUGUUUUCUCAUUAAACAGACUAC